UCCUUUUUUUUUUUGUUUUUAGUUUUUCCUUUUUUUCCCUCUCUCUCUCUCUCUCUCUCUCUCUCCCCCUCUCUCCUCUCUAGUCAGAGCGGUUUGCAUGAAGGGGAAGGCAGACUCCACGCAACGCUGCCCGUGGGAAGACUGCCGAACUUGCGCCUCGAAGCCGUCAGCGGAGCGGGUUAAAAGACCUCCAGCCGGGAUUAUCGGUGGGUCCGGGCGUUAGCGGGGUCCUGGAGGCCUCCCCCCCCCCGCCCCCCCCCCCAGAAGGAGCGAGGCACCAGCGUUCCCUGCGCCCCUCUCGUCCCUGUGGAGCAAGCAUCCAGCACAAUGAACAAGAUGAAGAACUUCAAACGCCGCUUCUCGCUGUCAGUGCCUCGGACGGAGACCAUCGAGGAGACCGAGUUCACAGAGCAGCUAAACCACCUCCGCAUUCACCACGGUGAGGGCCUGGUGCCCGACCGGCUGGGGCUGCACGGCCCCCUACCUGGGGGGGCCCAGUCCCCCACUCAGCUCCAGUACCACAACCGGAACCAGCACCGCCGUUUCUCCAUGGAGGACGUCAGCAAGCGCAUGUCCCUGCCGAUGGACAUCCGCCUGCCGCCCGAGUUUCUCAAGAAGCUGCAGCUGGAGAGCCCGCCGCCCGGCAAGCCCCUCAGCCGGAUGUCCCGACGUGCCUCCCUGUCUGAUAUUGGCUUUGGGAAGCUGGAGACCUAUGUGAAAUUAGGCAAACUGGGGGAGGGAACCUACGCCACCGUGUUCAAAGGGCGCAGCAAGCUGACGGAGAACCUGGUGGCGCUGAAGGAGAUUCGGCUGGAGCACGAGGAAGGGGCGCCCUGCACCGCCAUUCGGGAAGUAUCGCUGCUAAAAAACCUGAAGCAUGCCAACAUUGUUACCCUGCAUGACAUCAUCCACACCGAUCGCUCCCUCACUCUCGUCUUCGAAUAUCUGGACAGCGACUUGAAACAGUACCUGGACAGCUGUGGGAAUCUGAUGAGCAUGUACAAUGUCAAGAUAUUUAUGUUCCAACUCCUGCGUGGGCUGGCCUACUGCCACAAGAGGAAGAUUCUCCACCGAGAUCUGAAGCCACAGAACCUGCUCAUUAACGACAAAGGGGAACUAAAGCUGGCAGACUUUGGCUUGGCCCGGGCUAAAUCGGUUCCUACCAAGACCUACUCAAACGAGGUGGUGACACUAUGGUACCGCCCACCAGACGUACUACUGGGAUCCACAGAGUACUCAACCCCCAUAGACAUGUGGGGCGUGGGCUGCAUCCUGUUUGAGAUGGCGACCGGCCGGCCACUCUUCCCAGGAUCCACGGUGAAAGAGGAGCUACACCUCAUCUUUCGACUCAUGGGCACGCCGACAGAGGAGACCUGGCCUGGGAUCGCAGCCAAUGAGGAGUUCAGGUCAUACCUGUUCCCACAGUACAGAGCCCAGCCGCUCAUCAACCACGUUCCCAGGUUGGACACAGAGGGGAUGGACCUUCUCUCAAGUUUGCUUCUGUAUGACACCAGAGAAAGGAUUUCUGCGGAAGCUUCUUUGAGGUACCCCUAUUUCAAGAGCCUGGGGGAGCACAUCCACUCCCUACCUGACACGGCCUCAGUGUUCACUCUUAGGGAGGUCCAGCUGCAGAAGGACCCUGGGCACCGAGGUUCGGUGUUUCAGCAAGCAGCUCGAGGCAAGAACCGGCGGCAGAGCAUAUUCUAAAGGCCGGGGCGAGGCAGGGGGGUAAGCGAAGGGCACGGAGGCUCCAUUCCGGCAGAACCAGGCCGAGGCGCUGAAGGGACCGGCAGCAAAGAACCCCCUUAAUUGCCCCCCCCCCCCUUCCGUCGGCCAUUUGGAGAAACCCGACCCAAGUUUCGGAGGCAGAGUUUUGGAGACAAUGAGUUUCAAGCACUGACAUUCUGUAGGUGUGGGAUAAGGCCUUACUGUAGUUCCAAAUUAAGCCACUACGCAGUUAACUUAACUAACUGACUUUGAGGUCAAACACUGGAUUUAAAAAAAAAAAAAAAAAAAAAAAAUUUUUUAAGCCGCGAGGAAAACACUUCUUACCUACUGUAGGUAGACUGUGAGAGACUGGUCCAGCUGGAGGUAUCUCACCUGGUUAUCUUCUGCCGUCUCCAGAUUGUAAGCACCCUUGUGAGAAAUAAACAAAUAUAAACAUAUUUUAAAAAAUCAGUCACUGGUAUUACAGAGGUACAUACAAUAGUUAUACAGUCACCAUAGGUCUCUCCUGCUUGGGUGUAAUUCUCUGAUAAAAACCAGCUCACUGUUCAGUCCCUGGGAGAGUGCUGUUAUUGCUGUUAGACGUGUGCGUGCGUGCGUGCGUACGCGAGUGCGGGCAACGUGCCUGUCUCUGAGAUGUCCACCAUUAACUUGCGGGUGUGACUAGAUUUGCCCGUUUAUAUUUUUGUUAGGUGUGAUUUGUGUGAUAAAUCAGAGUUAUGUAUAUUUAGAAAAAAUAAUAUAUAUAUUUGAUCCAAGUUUUUGUUUUAUAGUUUUAUUCAUUUUUUUUCAUUUUGACAAAUAUUGCUGUAAAAUUAACUGAUGUUGUCUCAGGAAAAAAAAAAGAAAGUUUCUUGCUUAAAGAAUGAAAAGCAAAACAUAAAAUUAGCACUAUAACAAGACUGAGUCCAGCAUAUUUGAGCGCUGUCUGGCUAAGUUAUAGACAUGGCAUCCUAAUCUGACAUUACUUUCCCACUAGAGACAGGAGAUGAUUCAUUGGGAUGUACAUCAUUAAUACGUUGUGAUUCUUCCUUGUCUUAGUAUUUUUAAUCUUGAUUCAAAGCAGUUUCCAGAACAGUAUUCAUAACUGGUAUGAGAAAUGCAGUGUAUGUUCUACUCGUAUGCUAUAUUAUACAUUAGACCAGGUCAAUGCAAGAAAUGUGCAAUUGGACACCUUUAAAAUGGUUAAUUGGGAACAUGGAAACAGUAGCCAACAUAACAGUAAGGUGUAUGGAUUCAUAUUAAUACGUUUAUGAUUGAACAUAACAGAGAGUAUAAAAUAUCUGGAGUGUCGUGGAGUUUUAAGGAUUCAACUUAGUAUCAAAAUAUAUAAAAAUAUGUUCUGUAUAUUUUUAAAUGGUGAUAAUAUAUUCUGUUUGUUAUGGACUAUAUUUGCUCCAUUUUGUUUAGCUUUUGCAGGAGAAAAUAUUGCAUAUUUGUGCUACUCUAAGGGUAGCAUCAGCACAAUAGUAUUUGCACAGAAUAAGCAGCCAUUUCAUAGCUUGCACAAACCACAUAUGCCCUCUGGAAUUCGUCCGUGCAGCUCAGAAUGUUUUUUUUUUUCGUCCAUUAUGCGGCGUGACCAACAAAAAAUAUUGAAAAGAAGUAGGCUACUGGUAGCGACUGGGCAAUUUUACGGUAAAGGGACAAUGAUACCCGGACAAACACAGUUCUUGCCUUCUCUAACAUUUACAGAGGCAGCGGCACGCGAGCUAUGCUCAGUCACGUCAAAAAACGAGCACGCGCAUGAAAUGAGCGAUGCCAAAUAAUGUGUUACAGCGCUGCCUGAUGCCUCACGCGGCCAAAAAAAGUUAACGUCGCUAUAAAUGUGAACAUCAAUUGUCUGGUUUUAAUAAGGAAUCGAAAAUAACAUUUUAACAUUAAGCAUGGUUAUUCUUUAGCAUGUUCAACUGGGUAUAAUGACGCUUAACAAAACAUGGUAGCCUACUACAUUGGGACGCAUCAUACGUCCACUGCGAUACAGUAUUCAGACACCAUUAGUUCACUGUACACGUGGACCGAAGAAUGUAUUUAUGAAAUGGUACCAUUUUUUACGGCUAACCGCUAAAAAUUGGAACCCAUCACGCACUAACUGUGAAAUAAAUUUCAGUCAUAGAUGCAUUCAGAAAAUCCAUUUCCUCUUCAUUUACUUUCACACUACAACGCAUUGCAAAUUUUGCAGCAUAAAUCAAUAAAUCAUUCAGAAAAUGCAUUGCAACUCGUAGUAUGUUAAAUAGAUAGUGCAAAUAAGCGGCAAAUGGAGGCCGGUGCGGUGGCGGAAAGCUGCUGAAAUGGGGGGGGGGGGGGGGGUCGACGAUACGAUACCAUUGAAGUUCAUGGCCUGGGUGUCAUCCUUGCCUAAAUGGGUUUCUAGCUGGGUGAUUCAGUAACUUUUGAAAGUAGGCCCUACUGUACUUUAUUUGACUGAGCUGAGAAAUGUGUGUUGAUGUGGACAACCAGACUGAAAGUGAUAGCAACCAUGUGUCAUUUAUAGGCCUACUUUACAGAAAGCCACUAUUUUAUUUUAGCAUCACUGAAGCUAUGGCACUUCUGUUUGUUGUAGGCUAGUAUUUUAAAUACUUGUACAUAUAGCUGAAAGGAUUGACAUUUAUGAAUUUAACCCCACCAUUUUCACUAUUUUCUGUGAAUUUUAUGACCGACAAAAAAGAAAAAGUGAUGACUGUAUGUUUUAAAUGACUGUAGAUGAUAUGUAAAUGGUUUAUUAAUUGUAGUAUACAUUUGCUUUUUUUUUGUAUGAAAUGUUACAUUGAAUAUUUGGAGUGAAAUCUCUGUUCCAUUAAGUUGUACUGAAACUGAAUGUAUUGUGACUGCUACAAUGCCAAAACAGAUGAAAACCAUUAAGUACAAAAUAAAUUAUAAAUCUAUAUAUUACCCUUA